AAAUCAAUUUCUACAAAACCACAAAAGUUCGUGUAUCCAAUGAUUUUGUUGAUACAAUAGAUCCUUAUCAUUUUAUCUCUUUCCCAGAUUUGCUAGUCAGGAACUUUGACACUUGUGUUGCAUUUGAUUUUCUAGGUGAAGUUGUGUCAACUGAUCCCAUGCGAGUCAUUGUUGAGUAUGGAAGAGAGAAAAGGUUAAUGAAUCUGGUUGCUUAGGAUUUAAGUGCUACGAGAAUUGCAGUCGCUUUGUGGGGCAGUUUUGCAAUGAAGCUGACUACUUACAUUUCACAACAUAAUAAUGACACUGCUCCUGUUAUUAUCCUGCUAUGUUUGGCCAAACUCAAAAUUUGGGGUGGUCAGCCUCAAGUUGGUAAUUGUUUGUUUGGGUCUAGAUUGCAUAUAAAUGAUGAUAUGCCUCAGAUUUUGGAGUUCAAAUCAAAUCUUAAUGCUUUGGAUACGAAUGUUGAGUCUUCUAGCCGUACAUCCCAUAUCAUAAUUAAACCUACGUUGGGCAAAAGACCAUUUUUCACUCCCCAUAUUAAGUCCCAACAAGGUUGA